UCUGAGAACCCUUUGGGCAGGUCGAUAAAGCAUUGCAUGGCGAGAUGAAAUAUAUAAAGACAAUAAGACGUUCCCAUUUUACUUCUUGCAUUCCAGCAAGAGCUACCUACCUACCCCACCAUUCCUACAAUUGAACACUUGUGUAAUUGUUUGAGCUACCCCUCCAUCACAUCUCAAAUCUCAAACCUCAAUUCCAAAAUUAAACACUCAAUUACAAUACCACACAAAAUCUCAGCCCCUCAGCGAGACAAGCAAAAUCAGCAAAAAUGGUUCAAUUACUCGGCAAAGACAUUGGUACCAUUGGAUAUGGCAUGAUGGGUCUCUCUUGGCGCCCAGAGCCUCAACCCCUCGAAGAAUCCCUUAAAACCCUGAAAGCUGCGCUUGACAAAGGAUGCAACUUCUGGAAUGGGGGCCAAUUCUACGGAACUCCUGAAUACAAUUCCCUCACCAUCUGCGCCGCCUACUUUGAGAAGUAUCCAGAAGAUGCAGACAAAGUUGUUUUGAGUAUCAAAGGUGGUAUCAAUCUCGAGAAAUUUGUUCCCGAUGGAAGUCCAGAAGGCGUUAGGAAGAGUUUGGAUACGUGUUUAGCACUUUUGAAGGGCAAGAAAAAGAUUGAUAUUUUUGAAUGUGCAAGAGUGGAUAAGAACACCCCAAUUGAGGUUACGAUGAAGGUUUUGGAGGAGGAAUAUGUGAAGACGGGGAAGAUUGGAGGCAUUUCUCUAAGUGAAUGUUCGGCAGAGACGGUCAGGAGGGCCGCGAAGGUUACAAAGAUUGUGGCCUGUGAGGUUGAGGUUGCUUUGAACACGUUGGAUAUUUUCCAAAAUGGGGUUGCCAAAGCUUGCAGAGAACAUGAUAUUUUGGUUGUUGCAUACUCACCGUUAGGCCGAAGUUUGUUGACCGGUGCAAUUCAAAAGCUAGAAGAUAUCCCCGAGGGCGACAUACGCCGAACGUUUCCAAAAUUCCAGAAGGAACACUUUGACAAUAACAAGAAGCUUCUCGAUGCCGUGACAAAGAUUGCGGGGCAAAAGAAUUGUACACCGGCUCAAAUUGCGAUCAAUUGGCUCACAGCUAUUUCCAAGAAAGACGGCAAUCCAGAAAUCAUCCCAAUUCCUGGUGCCACUACAGUCGAUCGUAUCGCAGAGAAUUCAAAGGCGAUUUCUUUAAGUGCAGACGAUUUGGCGGAACUUGAUUUGAUAACAAAACAGUUCCCAGUUUCAGGUGCUCGUUAUCCGGAACAUUCAUCAGGACAACUAGAAGGUUAAAAGCCUUGAUAGGUGGAGAGAAGUUAGCGAUCAUGUAACAAGAGUGAAGUAGAGUAGUACACAAGGAAUGCAGAUUAAAUUGUAAAGCUCAGAAUAAAUUGUGUAAUGUGUUUCUGUCGACCUAUAGAUACAGUUGCCUGUCUCAUUCCGAAUUGCAGAAC